AUGCUGGCGACAACGAGUUCACUCGACCAGCCGCCUGACUUGAACCGUAACGGUACGCGCUACGGAAUGACUUCGCAGGACGAGGCCACCAUAUUGCAUCAAUGGAAUACCAUGGAUAGCGUCAUGUACAAACUCGUCAAGGCGUCUUGGUCGACACGCGAUGGAAUAACACGAGGCAUCGAGUAUGCAUUCAGCCUGAGGGCACUUACUCAAGGUCCCGAGCAAUACAUUGCACGCCAGUUUUCGUCAAUGGCAUGGGGAAAGGGCGGCUAUGCCAUCCAAUGCCUACCUCAGGUCCUUGACCUCUGUUGA